AUGAUUCUCACUCUUCUCCCCGACUUCCCCCAAUUCAGAUUUCGUAUGAUUCUCCUCUUCUUCCCCGACUUCCCCCAAUUUCGUAUGAUUUCGUAUGAUUCUCAAUUCUCUUCUCUUCUCACCCGACUCCCCCAAUUCGAAUUUCGUAUGAUUCUCACUCUUCUUCCCCGACUUCCCCCCCCCAAUUCGGAGAUUUCGUUUGAUUCUCACUCUUCUUCCCGACUUCCCCAAUUCCAGAUUUCGUAUGAUUCUCCUCUUCUUCCCCGACUUCCCCCAAUUCGGAGAUUUCGUAUGAUUCUCCUCUUCUCCCCGACUUCCCCAAUUCAGAUUUCGUAUGAUUCUCCUCUUCUCCUCGACUUCCCCAAUUCAGAUUUCAUUUCGUAUGAUUCUCACUCUUCUUCCCGGCUUCCCCAAUUCAGAUUUCAUAUGAUUCUCCUCUUCUUCCCCGACUUCCCCCAAUUCGGAAUUUCGUAUGAUUCUCCUCUUCUUCUCCGACUUCCCCCAAUUCAGAUUUCGUAUGAUUCUCACUCUUCUCACGACUUCCCCCAAUUCAGAUUUCGUAUGAUUCUCCUCUUCUCACCCCGACUUCCCCCAAUUCGGAAUUUCGUAUGA